AUGCGACCACAUGCUAUCUCAUUCAAAGGCAGACACGGCAGUGUGUGGUAUUGGGUGAAAGCUGAAUUGCAUAGGCCUUGGCUUCUACCAGUAAAAUUAAAGAAGGAAUUUACAGUCUUUGAACAUAUAGAUAUUAACACUCCUUCGUUACUGUCACCCCAAGCAGGCACAAAAGAAAAGACUCUAUGUUGUUGGCUUUGUACCUCAGGCCCAAUAUCUUUAAGUGCCAAAAUUGAAAUAAAGGGCUAUACCCCAGGUGAAUCAAUUCAGAUCUUUGCUGAGAUUGAGAAUUACUCUUCCCGUAUAGUAGUGCCAAGUCAAACGCAGGCAUUCUAUGCCAAAGGGAAAAUGAAGGAAGUCAGACAGCUUGUUGCCAACCUCCGUGGGGAAUCCUUGUCAUCUGGCAAAACAGAAACCUGGAAUGGCAAACAGUUGAAAAUUCCGCCUGUUUCCCCUUCAAUCCUUGACUGUAGUACAAUUCAUGUGGAGUAUUCACUGAUGGUAUAUGUUGAUAUUCCAGGAGCUGUGGAUUUGUUCCUUAACUUACCACUGGUCAUUGGUACCAUUCCUCUACAUCCAUGUGGUAGCAGAACAUCAAGCGUAAGCAGCCAGGGUAGCAUGAGCAUGAACUGGCUUGGUCUGACUCUGCCUGAAAGACUAGAAGCACCUCCUAACUAUGCAGAAGUGGUCAGAGGAAAACAGACAAGAGCACUGCAAGGACCAUUAUUUGCAUACAUCCAGGAGUUUCGUUUUCUGCCUCCUCCCCUAUAUUCAGAAAUUGAUCCAAACCCAGAUCAGCCCACAGAUGAGAUACCGUCUUGCCCCUCUCGUUGA